CUGGUGUGAAAUCAGAGAGAGAAUGAUCGCUAGAUCUGUACCAGAAGUUCCACAUUUGUAAAAACCCAAAAUGGGAAGUCUUUUACUUGGGGUUACAUUGUUUAUACUGAAUAUCGGGACAAGAUUUUGUGAAAUCGUGGUCGAACAAGAUCGGUUUAUAUCUGGUUCUGUUGAUUCUACGGUUAACCUCAGUUGUCAUUUGAAGCAUGGAGCACAUGAAAUAUUACGUGUAAACCCGUACUGGAUAAUCAAUAAAACUGGAGAAGAUGUUAUGUAUUUAUACCCUCCUAAUAAUCCCACCCUAAAGAAUCGUGUGAAGGAGAUCAACAAGGAUCAUAUGACAGACAUGACGAUUUUGGUCUCCAGACUGGAACUCACUGACACAGAGACCUACCACUGUUUUGUUUCAUUGUUGGUUAACUCAAGUACAGAACCACAAAGCAUGCUGGUAUCUGGAAAUGGGACAAUGCUAUUUGUCCAUGGACCGGUUGAAGUAGAAUUUAAUGACACGGAGAUUAUGUGCAAAACUCAAGUGCGAUGGGUGGAAAAUGUCAGCCUAGUCUGGGAGUACAGAGACAAGAAUCUUCUGAUUGAAAAGGAAACUCAAACCUGGGUACAAGCUCUCGAUGGGUCGCUAUGGAUCAUGAAUCGUUUGGAAGUGAAAUUUGAAAACUUUGUAGGAAACACAACCUUUUAUUGUCAACUAAAUCACGACUUGAAAUACAACAUUGCCAGCAAGGGCCUUGAGAUCCCCGGCAGAGGGCCAAUACAAGUGGAAAUGAAUGAAUCAGAAAUAAUAUGUCAAGUUCAAGUUGGGAUGAUGAAACAUGUCAGCUUGGAUUGGUAUCACAGAGACCAAAACUUGCUGUCCGCACAGGACAAUUGUAGCCAAUAUCGCACUGGCUCAAACUGGAUCACAAAUUGCUUGAAAGUGCAAUUGGAGCAAUGUGUAGGAGAUGUUACCUUUUAUUGCCAACUAAGUUACAGCUCCAAACCCAUAGCUAAUGAGAGCCUGGAGAUCCCUUGCAGAGGUGUGCCUCAAAUUCGACAUCCAGUUCUCCUCUACUCGUUACUGCUUGGAACCUCGUUCUUGAUAUUAAUGAUCGUAAUCUUGAUCAGCCUAAAGAUGAGACAGUGUAAACCAAGGACGAGACAGCGUGGAAUAAACUUACCAAGAUAUAAAUUUAUUUAAUGUUUCAGAAACAGGGGCUUCGCUGAUAUCCCUCCGUCCUGAUCAAUGUCUCUUUGCCAUAUAUCUCUGAUGGUUUCAAUCAGUUUUACAAUAAUAUAAAACUCUUUGCUAUUGUCUAAGCAGAGAUUCCAAGCUGGGACUCACUUUACAUGACAGGCAUCUCAAGACACAAAGUCUACAGGUUAGAAAACGUCUGAGGUUUGAAAGGGUCUCAUUGACUUGAAUGAUGUUAGGAGCUACAAGGUACCUAGCACAGUUCACCCAUUCCCUCCCAUGGUUAAGCCCCUUUGGGUUUACAGCAAGCUCCUGCAGCAAGUUAAAAGUCUGCGCUCAGAUUCCUAGUGUUUGGAGAUCAGAGAGUUCCUGUAGAUAUUGAC